AAACAACAAAUGUUUGUAGAUUCAAGAUUGUGAUUUGUGCUUUAUUAGGUACUGGGUAAUAACAAAAGUUGCGUAUGUAAUAAUUUUCUUUGGAUUGCAUCACAAACAAUAGGUUUAUUAAGUCAAAACGUAAUACAUUUAAUACCAUUUAAAAAAUCACUAAACCAUACAAAUUAUGAGACGCAUUUUGUUUUAAACUAUAAAUAGUCAUGAUGACUGAAUGUAAAGUCCCUGUAUUUGUCAGUCCCCAAUCGUUAACUUUUAGUUUGGAGGACAAGUCAUCCCACAGGCAAAUAAUUACGCUAUUUAAUCCAUACGACUUUCCAGUCAGAUUUAAAGUUUUUUGUACAUGUACAAAAAAGUAUACUGUAGUUGAACCAGAAGGUUCAAUAAGUGCAAGUUCUCGAGUGGAUAUAGUAGUCAGGCAUAAUGCUCCUGCACCAGCAUUUUGCGAUAUCAGAGAUAAAUUCAGAAUACAAAUGCAAUAUUAUACAACCAAAAAAGUCAUUGGACACAAAGAUGUUGAAACGAUAUUAGUAAGGUCUUCCGACAAUUUUGAGCUACCAGCUGAAAAUUUUAAGCAAUUACUCAGAACUGAUAUAUCUGUUGAUAAUUAUGAUAAUGAAUCUGAAAUAAGACAAAACUUUAAUACAAAUACUCCAGGACCAAAUUUCACAACUCUAUUUAUGGCUGGUAUAUGUAUUUGUGGAUUACUUCUACCAUCAUCUGAAGAUUCAGACAUUCUGAAAUUUCGUAUUUCUUUCAAUUUAAAAUUAGCAUUAGCUUUUGUUUUGGGUAUGACUACAAUAACAAUAUUACAACAUCAAUAAUCCACAACAAUAUUUUUACUUAUGAAUCCGCUUGUUAACAAUAGUUUGAAACUGUUUUCUACUCAAUAUGCAUGGUUUAAUUAUUAGUUAUUAGAUAUUAAUUUAUUCUGAAAGCAUUAAUCUUUUUAAUAGAUUAAUCUGCUAUGUUUUUGCUAUGCAUUUGAAUGUUUUGAUAUAAUUUAUUGUUGAUUAUAGUUUUAAGAUUUCUAUUAUUCUUCAAAGAUUAUUAUCAACCUUCAAGAAUUUCAAUGCCAUACAAUUUGCACUAAUGGAUAAAUACAUGUAUUAAGGCUAUAAUAUAUUUUUUUGGAUAAACACUGCCACCAUAUUUUUUAAGGAUAUUUUUAAAUGUUUUAUCCGCCAUUGGAUAAU